AUGUCCUUGGAGAAGAUGAAAGAGCUUCAUCUGGAGGAAAAUUAUCUACACCCAGAAACUGAAGAAGUGAAUGGAAUCCUCAUGGCCAAAAUGAUUAGUGAUAAUUGGGACAAAAUCUGGAAUUUCCAAGCAAAACCUGAUGAUCUCCUCAUUGCAACCUACGCAAAAGCAGGCACAACCUGGACACAGGAGAUUGUGGACAUGAUCGAAAAUGACGGGGAUGUGCAGAAGUGCCAGAGGGCCAACACCUUUGAACGCCAUCCUUUCCUUGAGUGGACACUGCCCCCACCUCUCAACUCAGGUCUGGAUCUGGCUAACAAAAUGCCUUCUCCUAGAACUCUGAAGACUCAUUUGCCUGUUCAGAUGCUACCACCUUCCUUCUGGAAAGAAAAUUCAAAGAUUAUCUAUGUGGCUAGAAAUGCCAAGGACUGUCUGGUCUCCUACUACCAUUUCUCAAGAAUGAAUAAAAUGUUGCCUGAUCCUGGUACAUGGGAGGAAUAUGUUGAGACAUUCAAAGCUGGAAAAGUGCUGUGGGGUUCCUGGUAUGACCACGUAAAGGGAUGGUGGGAUGCAAAAGACCAGCACUGUAUUCUCUACCUCUUCUACGAGGACAUGAAGGAGGACCCAAAGCGGGAAAUUGAGAAGAUACUGAAGUUCCUGGAGAAAGACGUAUCAGAGGAAGUUCUGAAUAAAAUCAUCUAUCACACCUCCUUUGAUGUAAUGAAGCAAAACCCAAUGGCCAACUAUACCACUUUGCCCACCAGCAUCAUGGACCACUCCAUCUCCCCUUUCAUGAGGAAAGGGAUGCCUGGAGACUGGAAGAACUAUUUCACUGUGGCCCAAAAUGAAGAAUUUGACAAAGACUACCAGAAGAAGAUGGCAGGAAGCACCCUAACCUUUCGCACAGAGAUCUGA